AUGAAUCCUGGAUUCAGUUCGACAACGGGCGUUCUUAUUGCAAUGAAUCGCUUCCGUCAAAUAACUUACCAUGCAAAUAGUCAAACAGUAGAUUUGGGAUCAGGACUCUUGUGGGAUGAUGUUUAUCGAAAGUUGGAUCCAUUAGGGGUUACUGCUAUUGGCAGUCGAGUCUCUGGAGUAGGCGUUGCUGGACUUACACUUGGUGGUGGCUACAGUUGGAAAUCAAACCAAUAUGGUCUCACCAUUGACAAUGUAGUCGAGUACGAGUUCGGCUGGGAAUCGUCAUCAGAUAAUAAUGCAUUUAUUGAUGGACUUAAGUCAACGACCAACACCAUCUUACAAGCAGCACUUGAUGAUGGUCAAGAUAUUGGUGGAUCAAAACAGAUUCGUUAUCCGAAUAAUGCUCUCGGGGAUACGCCUCUCGAGCAAAUGUACGGCGAUAAUGUAGCCAAACUUCGAAGCAUCCGCCAAGCAUGGGAUCCGUACAAUAUUAUGUAUCUAUGUGGAGGUUUUAAAUUUUAA